AUGUUCAACUACCACUCCUCCUUCCCAACCAUUGUCCAGACACCCGCACAGGCCGACUCUGGGGCCAGCCCUGCCCCUCUUGGACCGACCACCACAAACAACUGCUCACAAGCGGUAACCCCGCCGCGCUCCAGCGCCUAUGGUCAAGCUUGA